CUGCAGAUUACCCGAAAUCGAGUGUUGGCUCUGAAGAGUUCCUCCGCAGAUGCGGAGUUCCGGUUUGAAAUCGAAGGGCCUAUUAUGCCCUUGUGCUUGACGCGUAUCAUUGACCUCUUCAACGUCACACAGAGAGGCACCUUUGGCGUGUCUCUCUCCCCUUUCAACAACUCCAAGGGGGUCAAUGUGCAUCCUAUGCCGUCAGAAAGUGUUUCCACUCAAAUGGUGCCGAAUCCGAAAGCACUCUUACCGAAAUUUCAAUCAGAGGAACUAGACGAAUUGGCGCAUAGCUGUGGUGUGACACGGAGAGAGCUCGAUACACUCACAAAGCCCCCUUCAGCACAACUCACAUCCGUCAGGAGAAUACAGAAAGAAUCGUCGUCAUCUCCAUAUGUCUGGUGGGCAUCGUGACGGCUAUCAAACGGCAUGUAACCUAAUAAACAAACAUCCGAACUGUACUCAUGUGUGUUAUUUGAAGUAUCUACAGAUGCAGACCUUUCGCCGG